AUGGAUAUUAAUUCUUCCUCUUCAUCCCCCACCCCUCAUCGGUUCAUUCUGGAUUUGAAUAAUAAUGUAUCAUACCAACAAGGAGCAGCUAAAUACAUAUGUCCCUAUUGUCAAAAAGCUUUCACACGUCCGUCGUCUUUGCGGACGCAUACCUACUCACACACGGGUGAGAAGCCGUUCGAAUGCACCGAAGAAGGCUGUGGACGAAAAUUUAGCGUUCAAAGCAAUCUACGACGACAUUUACGCAUUCAUCGAUUAAAUCGCCCCAUGUCCGUUGGAUAUGCCUCCGCUUCUUCCAACUCGUCCGUUUCGAAAUGA